GGGAUUCCCCCCUCUAUUCCGAUUCAGGGCCGCCCACUCAGGACAGCCAAGAUGGCGCGCUUGCGUUUUCCCGGCCGUCCUGGCAAAAGAUUCGGCCGAUCUAACGUCAAAUUUGGCCUGGAUGACUUCGAGAACUUGCGUGAUCAGUCCUUGGACUAUGUUGGAAGCAUCGAGCGGGCACUAAAGAGGUUUCGUGACGUGUUUGGCGAUUCAGACGAGGAUGAAGAUUUUGAAGGGUUCGAUCCUUCUGAGCUUGAAGUCAGGUCACCUCCAAGGCGUAGUGAGAGGGAACGUGUACCGUCCAGCCGCCUUAGUGAGUUUGCCCUUGACCGCCAAACGCUUUCCUCGUGGGUGUCCCAGCCUGGUGAUGAGGAUGAGGACGAGGAUGUAUCUGAUGAAGACACACCUGACAGUUCAGCUCCUACCGAGAGGAGAUUGUCAAGGUACCGAACUGAGGAGGCAGCCAGGUACAAGGAAGCAGAGGUACCUCGGAGUAAAGAUUCUCACACGUCAGCUAAGGGCAGAGUCACCAAACCAAAGCUUCAGACGAUUAAGAUCCGUAUUGGCGCAGAUGGCAAAGCAAUCAAAGUCGUCCGUGGUCGUGGAAGACCGCCACGGGUUGAUCCACCCAAUGUUCGUAGAUCGUUGGAGAAGGAAGUCCUGAAGCCAGUGAAAAAAGCGAUAGAAGCAAAGGCUGCCAGAAAAGUAGGUAGACAACAGGCAGUGCCCACUCCAAGAGGUAAGAAAGAAGCCAAAGUAAAGGACAUUACGAGGAAAGUGGAAGUUAAAAGAACUGAAAGAAAACCUGGCAGGCCACCGAAACAUGUACGUGUCCUGCCAAUGUCAAAGAAAGUAGAUAAGAAUGUUGCCAAGCAGCUUCUACAGAAAGCAAAGAUGGGGAACAUACGGAGGAAUUUGAGGACUGGUGGAAGCCCACCAACACCACAGUCAAAAGCACCUGGGAAAUUCCAGCUGCCUCCAGUCAGUUCACGGUCGUCGCGAAUCAUCAAGCCAAGGAAACGCUUCAUCGAGGACGAUGAUUUCUAUUUCCCAAUGAAGGUGCCCAGAUUAGACCUGACCAUGGCACUAGCUAAGGACAGUCCACUGGUUGAUCAGACACAAGAGAUGUCUACAAGUGAAGGUAACAUGGAAGAAGUGGAAACCAGGACUGCAGCUGGUCGAGCCAGUAAGUUAAAAGCUCAGUCUGUUUGGAAAAAAAAGUGGUAG